CUAAUUAUAAGCUUCGAGUGUCUCUUGAAGCGAGCUUCUAAUCUUUUCAGUAUGUGUACGAGAAAAGGCGAUUAGCAGCGGUUGGUGUCUAAAUUGUAUACUUCUUCUAAUCACAUUGGUCAAAACAUUCGAAAACGUUUUUAUUGAGUUUACCGUUUAGUUUAGGCUCGGGUGAAACUAAAUUUCUAGUUUUUAUUCCACAGCUACGCGCGCGCUCGAGGGCUAAUAAGGAAGCGGGCAUUUCUCAAAGUUCAGUACAGUUUAUAUUUUCUCGAUUCGUAAACUGAGCGAUGGAUCAUGAUGCGCCUCCGGAGAUUGUUGCAAAUGUUCCAGUGUGUAAGCCAGCUUUGGAGCAUGCAUGCUGAUACUGUACAGCUAGUGUGCAGUCAAAAAAACUAUGCUCCCCCUGAGGCGUUUCCGCACAUCCAUGGUGCUCAUAACUAUCAAACGGUCACACCGGAACCUACCAUAUUCAAACCACAGAUCCUGAAAGCCGAACCGAAUUACUCCACAUACAGACAACCACGUUCGGUUUCUGCGGAGCUGCCGUACUCACCUUCGUUGUCAGACAAACUGGACGUCAUUGUGUUCUUAGGAAGUGUGCGCGCGGAACGGAAUGCUACGCGGGUUGGGAGUUUUAUAGCUGGACUUUUACAGGGAAGAGGUCACCGUGUCACAGUUGUCGAUCCUCGAGACUACAACUUGGCAGUCCUCGAGCAACCACUUCAUUUUUAUAAAUAUGAGCUAGCGGUUCCCGAUUAUCUGGUUAGCUUAAACGAUCAAAUAAAAAACGUUGAUGCGUUCGUCGUUGUGUCGGCGGAAUACAAUUCCGCCAUAUCCCCGGCGUUGUGUAGUCUUUUGGACCAUUUCCCUCCGGCUUCGUAUGCGUACCGCCCAAGCGCCAUUGUUGUCUAUUCUACAGGUCAGUUUGGUGGAAUACGAGCGGCGAUGCAACUGAGGCAACAUUUAUCCGAACUUGAAACUGUUCACAUCCCUAAAAUGACCGUAAUUCCUAAAGUGGAAACCGUGCUCAACGGCAAUGGCGGUGUUGUAGCACCCGCCGAGAACUACAUACUCAAUGCAGCGGAAGCAAUGGUCGACCAGUUAGAGUGGUAUGCACUGGCUUUGAGAGAACGUCGGAAGAGGUCUGGAACAUCCACGUUUGUAUGAAGUCUCCACACUUUAGAAUCUGAACUCAGAUGAAGCCGUAAAGUUUGCAAACAAAUAAAUUAAAAUAAGCAAUUUCAGUAAACCAAACUGCACUUAAAGUGUACGCAAGAAUGUCACGUGUAACGUGUAAACUCAGCUUCCUGGUUUUGAUCUGAAACUGCACUGUUUCAGUGUGUACAGUCUACAGUGUACAUUGUACACGCAAAUUACGCAUCUGCUCAUUGUUCUGUUAAAGAAUAGCUAUUUAGUAUUGGUUAUUGAAUUUACUGUUGCAACAAGAAAAUGCGAUCAC